ACAUCAGUAGAUACCAGCAAGGGGGAGAUCUGGACAGCUUUUGUUUCACUCCAGGGAGUGUUGAAGGGACAAAGGAAGAGUGUUUGAGGCUCUUGUUAGAUUCCUGUGGGAGAAAAAACCCUUCCUGGACUGAGCUCAGCAACUUCACACGCUUCCUAAACCUCCAGCUGAUGAAGUGUGAAAACUCAGUGUUCUGCAGCAAAGACUUAUUGGAAGAGGGAUUUAAAGGUUUUAAAAAGUUUGUGAUAAAAUUUAUGAUCACCAUGUCCAAGGACUUUGCUUUGCCUUCCCUGGUCAUGGCAGAUGAAAGCUCACCCAGUGAAGAUGACAAAAUGGAGGAGGAUAGUGUAUUGAGAGGGUACCAGUUACGACGCAAGUGGGAGCAAGAGUCUCACCCCUAUAUCAUCUUCCAUGCUGACAACCAUUCCAUGGAGUUCUUGGGUUUCCACAUCAAUCAGAGUUUUGAUGCUGUGGAUGCACAUUCUCAGGCUGUGCUAGAAAAGAAGGUUAUUGACCGAGGUUUAAAGCAGAUCCUUGAGGCUCAGGGAGUCCCUUUCAAUAAGAAGUUUGAAGAUCUGUCCAGACAAAAGCAGCUAGAAACACUCCACAACGUGUUUGGUGUGAGAAGCUCCCAAGGCCCAGAUGAAACCUACCAAGACCCAGAUGAAACUUACCAAUUGACCCUGGACAACACCAUGAAAAUGCUGGCCAUUCAUCUCAGGUUCCAGUGUGGGAUCCCUGUGAUCGUCAUGGGUGAAACGGGCUGUGGGAAGACCAAGUUGGUGCAGUUCAUGUGCAGCUUGCAAAGAGCAGGGAGGGAAGUUGAGAAUAUGAGGCUGGUGCGUGUUCAUGGGGGCACCAGCUCCAAAAUCAUCCACCAGAAAGUCAAGGAAGCCAUCGAGCUGGCACGCAUCAAUGAAGAGAAGCACAACAUGGACACAGUGCUCUUCUUUGACGAAGCCAACACCACCGAAGCUGUGUUUGCAAUUAAAGAGGUGUUGUGUGACCAGAGUGUGAAUGGAGAGCCAAUCUCCACCACUCGCUUGAAAGUUGUGGCUGCUUGUAACCCUUACAAAAGACACACCAAGGAAACCAUUGAGAAGCUAGAGAAAGCCGGCUUAGGAUACAGAGUUCGGAGUGAAGACACCUUAGAAAAGUUGGGCUACAUCCCUUUGAGGCAGCUGGUGUAUCGGGUGCAGCCUCUUCCACCGAGCAUGUUGCCUCUUGUGUGGGACUUUGGGGAACUAAACGAAAAGACACAGAGUCUGUACAUCAGACAGAUUGUGAAAUCCAUCGUGAAAGACAUUCUUCCCGAAGAGAACAUGGAUAUUUUCACCUCCGUCAUUUCCACCUCCCAGAAGUUUUUAAGAGAAAAGAAAGAGGAAUGCAGAAUCGCCAGUCUCCGGGACAUAGAGCGCUGCAUGGGGGUGCUGCUGUGGUUUUAUAAGUUACGAGAUCUGCUUUUUCCUCUUAUCGAUGAAAAGAAGAGAAAGGCUCAAUGUUCCGAGGACUGUGACCCAUCCAUUCAUGCCCUUGCCAGGGGGUUUGAGAAAGAUCAGUUAUUUGCAUUAAACGAAGCCCAAAGAUCCCUGGUUCUUGCAGUUGGAGUUUGCUAUUAUGUAUCUCUCGAGAAGCACCAAGAUUAUCUGAAAGAGGUAGCGACAUGCUUCUCUGUGCCUGAAUCCCUGCUUCAGCUAGAGAUUGUACUUUGCCAAGAGGUGUUCCUGGAUAACCUCUCUGUCCCCAAGACCACAGCACGGAACGAUGCCCUAAGGGAAAACAUCUUCACGAUGGUCAUAUGCAUGGAGAAGCCAGGAAGCUCCAAAUCCCUGUCCAAAACCAUAGCUGCUGAUGCAAUGCAGGGCAGAUUGUCCAAAACAGACUUGUUCAAGCGGUGCAAGCAAGUCCAGCUGGUGUCAUUCCAGUGCAGCCCUCACUCCAAGCCGGAAGGAAUCAUCUCCACUUUCAAACAAUGUGCACAGUUCCAGAGGGAUCAGAAACUGGAGGAGUUUGCCUCAGUGGUCAUCCUGGAUGAGAUAGGCCUUGCAGAAGAUUCACCGGAGAUGCCUCUGAAGACACUGCACCCUCUCCUUGAAGAUGGUUGCGUUGAUGAUGAAAAACCAGAACCGUACAAAAAAGUGGGCUUUGUUGGCAUUUCGAACUGGGCCCUGGACCCUGCUAAAAUGAACCGAGGCCUCCUCGUGUUCCGUACUGACCUCAACAAAGAAGAGCUGGUGAAGACGGCCAAAGGGAUCUGUGCCGAUGAACGGCACAUGACCAAGAUUGAGCAUUUGUUCCCCUUUCUGGCUGAGUUCUAUUGUGAGGUAUUGAAUAAACAACCCAUGGAAUUUUUUGGGCUGCGUGACUUUUAUGGCCUCAUCAAAAUGAUACUGUCCUACGCCAAGGACAGGAAAAGCAUCUCCCAAGAAGAAAAACUUGUUGCAAAAGCAAUUCUGAGAAACUUUGGAGGAUCAAAAGAUCUGAAUCCUUUAGAGGUAUUCAAACAGUACUCACCCAUAUCUCUGCCUCCCUACUUGGAAACCAGCCAUACUGUUAAUUUGUUAAAGGAAAAUUUAGACAAGAAACAGACAGGGUUUGUAUCUAGAUACUUGUUGCUAUUAACAACAAACCAUGCAGCUUUCCAGAUUCUACAGAUGAACAAGCUGAUGGACAUAGAGAACUGUGACAUUAUCUUUGGCUCGGGUUUCCCACGGGAUGAAGAAUAUUCCCAGGUAUGCCGGUCCGUUAACAGAGUGAAAAUCUGCAUGGAGACAGGGAGGUCUGUCAUUCUCUUAAAUGUUCACAACCUGUACGAGAGCCUUUACGAUGCGCUGAACCAAUGCUUCGUCAAGUUAGGUGGAAGCUAUUACGUCGACCUUGGCCUGGGGACUCACAGGGUGAAAUGCCGUGUGAAGGAGGAGUUUAGAUUGAUAGUGAUUGAGGAGAAGAAUGUGGUUUACACGCAAUUCCCCACCCCGCUGUUGAACAGGCUGGAGAAGCACUGCUUGGAUAUGAACACCAUCCUACACUGGGAGCAGAAUGAGCUGAGGAAGGAACUAGACGAAUGGGCCAGGAUGUUUGUCACUAUCGAGAACACGGAUUUCUGCUGCACAAGGCUGGCAGACAUGGCUCCCCGGGAACGGGAUGUUUUCAUUGGUUUCAGUGAUGACACUUCUGCCACCGUCGUUCUGCAGUGCUCAGUGAGCGGCCUUCAGGGAACCAUCCUGUCCAAUGGCGAGUCAAUCCUCGCAGCUUCUAAAAGCAAACUCCUUGAGUGCGCAACCCCCGACUCCAUCCUACGUCUCAAAUAUUCUCCGCUGGAGGAUGCAGAGCAGAUUCAGGAGCUGUACUUCGGGAAGCAGAAGCACAAUGGGCUGGUUGACAUUCUGAGGGGGGCGGUGAAUCAAGAGUCAUGUGAACUGUUCUUGGAGGUGUCCACACAUGCAAAACUCCUGAACCAGAGAGAUUUGGAAGUGGUGAGAAAGAGACUGAACCUCCAAACUAAAAUCCGCUGUCUUUUCCUAAGCCAGUUUGACACAGAACAUGCGUUCCGCCAGGAACUGAGUAAGUUUUUCAGAGAAGCAACAGAAGAGAAGCUGCUUUUUGUCCAGUUCAACUUUGAGGAGCCACAGAGCAGCAAGAGGCUUCUUGCCUGUGCAAAGUACUGUAUCGUGGAUGAGAGAAGGAAACCUGAAACCAUCGGUCCAUCCCAUGUCGUCAUCAUAACCAAAGUCCCAAGGAUCCUUGGGGGCUGCAGCUACCUGGCAUUCAGUGCUAACGAAUGGCACGCUGUUCACUUGGAUGACCUACUGCCACCUGAGACCUUCCCAGCCAAUCUGGGACAGCUCUCCAAACUGACAGUGGCUGAGAUGUUCAUGCACAGCACCCAGCAACAGGGCAGCAACACAAGUUGUCCAGAGGAUUCGGAUGUUCUUGAAGAUGCUGAAAAAGCCAUUGACUUCCCAGAGGAAAAAAUGCAACUGAUGGACACUGAAUUCAUCAUCAAACAAAGUAUCCAGAAAGCUGUGAUCCAGCUGGAGGAUAAGGAGAUCAACAGCCAGCGAGCUACAAAAAGGAUACAGAUUCUCUGUGAUGCACUUUUCCCCUCUCAGAGCAACAAUAUAUUUGCUCAUCAUUUUAUGGAAGGGUUGAAAAGGAGAAUUUGUCACCUUCUACAAGAACGAGAGGCAGUGAGCCAUAAGCCUAGAGAAUGGAUUUUCCGUCAAGCUCUGUCUAGCGAGUUUAUACUUGAAGGCACUUCAUUCAGGCAUGCAAUCUGGAUUCAUUUGGAAGACAUUGUAGCAAACAUGUUUGCCCAAAUUCUAGCAGUCAUUGAUGCAAACAACAACUUGGAUCACAUCUCUCAAGAAACUCCUGUUUCUGAUCUCUGGCUCCAGAUGCUUAAAGAUGAAUCAUUUCUGAAGAUUAAGUAUACUAGCAAGGCCCCUGACACUAAGAUUUCUGUGUUAUCAAUGAGUGAAGACCCCAGCAUUUCCGUGCUGUGUCGCUUUCCAUUCAGCUGGGUUCUGAAAGCUCGUCUGGACGAGAUAUGGGCAACAAUCCAUCGGGCAAAAGAUUAUCCAAAGGACCCUACUGUGGACUCUGCUGAGAUGUUUCAAAGCUCUGUUUUGAAUAUGCCAAUGCCAGAUGGCAAUAGUUCAGAAAUGGUUCAGCGUUACACCAGUGAUUUUGUGAGAAUGGCUUUCCCGGGGCAAGAUGUCCAGGUUUAUGAGAUUUUGUCAAAUGUUCUCAUAACUGGUGCACAACGGCUCUGCGCCUUUUUGGCAAAUGAGGAUGUGAGAUUUUCAGUGAUCUGGCUGCACAUUGAAUAUUUCUACCUACAAGAGAAUUACCAGCUGUUCAUUGACUUAGUAAAGAACGAGGAGACUUUAGCCAAUGAGCUGCAGAAAGUUUAUAAUGAAGACACAACUAAAAUGUUUGUAGCUCUUGAUGCUGUGAGCAUCCUCCUGAAGCAGCUGCAGCCCACAGAGAAGGUGCUUCUGCCGUUCAACGCCUGCCUGAGCUGGCUGAAGAGGAUCAAAUGCAUUAAGCACACGCUGGAGCUGAUCAUGUUGGACGAUUACCAGAUGAGAUUUUACCAAAACAAAGGGGAAUUAUUGAAAAGCGUAUUACACCAGUGGAAUUGCACCAACAUUGUCUAUCUGCUCAUCGAUCACCUGCUACACGAUGAAACGAACAUGGACGAGAAACUGCUAAAGCUUGUUAUGAAGCAGUUUGUCUUUCUCUGGAAUUUACUGGUCAAAAUUGAAGACCAUAAACCAGCAAAGAUUUUCGAAGUUGUGACAAAAGUGCUGAAGAGAUGCAACAACAAUGCUGCCACCAUUUAUCUCGUGAAGGGUGUGAACGAGUGCAAAAGCUGCCAGAAGGAGAUCACUGACCCAGCUGAGCUGCCCUGUGGUCACAUUUUCUGCACCCAGUGCAUCCUGGAGUGGAACAUCAGGCAGUGCAAGAUCUGCAAGGAGAGCAUCCCCGAGAAUUACACGCCCACCGCCUCCCAGGUCACCAGGGAGGCAGUUGCAAGUCACAACAAAUUCAGGAGAAAGUGCAACUCGUUCUUUGUGGAGUUUGUCGGUAGCUACUGUUUUGGGGACCAAAUCCCCCCAUCUGCAGAGAUCAUCGAACAGCUGAUUAAAUUUGUGGCCUGCAAACCAUCUAACCCAGACCAUCAGGAGGUUAGAAAGGUGUACAAGCCAACAAGCGACUUGUCGCCCUUUGAAGAGUGCAUGGACCCGAGUCCUACUGUCAAGUCUUCCCUUUUGAAAAUGCUGCUCCGUUGCAGACUGGCCGAUGUGAAGGAGCACCUGGAAGGCUAUCUCUCCAGGAUGGAGGAAAUGCUAACCUUAAAUCAAAGCAGUCGUGAUGAUUUCUAUUUCAUGGUCGUGCGCUGCUUUGAGGAUUCUAUGUAUUCCUCCUUUCAAGAAGAUGCCAGGCAGAAUUCAGAGCAGUUCCUCUCCACUGCCAAUCUGUCUGCUCCCAGCUCCGCUACCUCCACCAGCAUUGAAAACCUGCAGAUGAUUGCCAAGCUCCGUCUCGCCAUCAGUAACGUCGCAGCCGUGCUUGGCGGCACAGAGCUGCUGGGUGAGGAGAAUACAGGGGCCAGCGCUGAAAUUGCAGAGAAACAGGUCCAGCUUGUGAAUUCCAUGAAAAAUCUGGUUCAAAAGGCCCAGAUGCCGUGGCCUCAAAUAUUCCUUAUUAGAAAUCUUUGUAAUUUCUAUGGGCUGAACAUGAUGCAGAAGAUUCUUCGGCGAGAGCAGUGGAUUUUACCCAGAGGAAUUGAGACUUCACAGGUAAACAGCUUCCAAAGGCAACAGAAUUUUAUGUUUAGAGAAAUAGUGUGAAUGGUUUGCAC